CGUCCUCGUGUGCUAUCAAGCGCUGCGGAGUUGUUCCUGAUCCGUUCUUUAUAGCGUGGCUUUGCUAUAGAUUUCAUUUUUAUGAAUGGGUGGUGACUUUUGUUGUGCGGUGGGGUGCCACAACGAUCGGGGUGCGAAAAAAGACGUGACGUUUCAUGUGUUCCCGCGAGACCUGCCGCGGCGAGCAAGAUGGAUUGCCGCAGUGCGUCGGGCGCACUGGGUUCCUACAAAAGCGUCUCGCUUGUGCAGCGUGCACUUCACAGACGAUAGCUACGAGCUCAGCUCGCGGCUUUCAAAAGAAUUCGGUCUAGCGCAGAGGGCUCCGAGACUGAAGCCGGACGCCGUACCGACCAUCUUCGACUACGUCGUUGCACCACCAACCCCUCUCCGUGGCGCGUUUGCGAAGAGGAGACGCAAGGACGCUGUCGACGAAGCCAUCGCCGAACGCGCUGCGACGGGUGCCGCCGAUUCGGUCCCGGACCCAAACCCCUGCCCAGAUGGAAAUGGAGCCCUUGUUCCAGACUGUGAGCAGCUUUCCAUGGAUGUUUCUGAGCCGGAUACUGAACCGACUCCACGAAAUGUCUGUGUCGGCGCACAAACGGAGCCUCUGCAAACAUGCACGCGAAAGAACCAGACCAAGAUCAAAGUCAGGUGCAUAGGUACCCAGCCAGCAUUUGCUAAACUGAGCAAGGAAGUGCAGACUGAGACUACUGAAGAAACGAACUCAGCCACACAAAAUCCAGUUUCGGCAGAGGCUCCAAUAGACGACGCUGAUGGCUCGGACUCAGAUGAUGAUCCUCUGGGUCUUCUUCAGGAUCCAAGUGAUCCUGACUACCGUCCAAACUACUCAGACGAUGAAGAGGCCCCAGGAACUGGCGCAGCACCUGAUGAAAGUGAAGCAGCCGCCGACAAGUACAUCGUGUUUGGGUCUUGCCUCAAGAAGCUCCUGAAGCGGUGCUCGGAUUGCUUCUCCAUGAACACCCAAGUCUCCUUUGACCUCGUCGGAUCCAUGGUGAAGGCCACCACCACUUGCGGCGCUGGCCACACCAGCAUCUGGGAGAGCCAGCCUAAGUGUCAUGGCAAGCCGGAGGGCAACAUCUUAAUGUGUAGCGGGAUCAUCUUCAGUGGAGGCUGCCCAACAAAGGUGCUCCGCCUCUUCGAUAUCAUGGGCGUCGCCAGAAUCCAUUCCACACAGUUCAACGAGUAUCAGAGAUGCUACGUGCUCCCAGCAGUGAUGAACGUAUGGAGAGCUGAACAGCGCACUCUUGUCAAGAGCCUGGAGGGGCGGCCACUACGGCUGGCCGGCGACGGCCGAUCGGACUCCCCUGGCUUUUCUGCCCUGCACGGGACUUAUUCGCUGCUGGAGACAUCAAUCAACCGUAUUAUUCACCUGGAACUUGUACAGUCGACUGAGGUGAAGUCAAGUUGCCACAUGGAACUGGAGGGGCUGACUAGGUCUUUAGUCUACUUUGCGGAACUGGGUAUCACCGUGGAGGUCCUUGUCACUGACAGGCACCUGCAGGUCAGCGCGUACAUGAAGCGAGAGCAUCCCCUCAUCCAGCACCGCUUUGAUAUCUGGCAUGUCAGCAAAGGCAUUAAAAAGAAGAUUGUGGCAAUCGCCAAGUCGCCACGCCACAAGCCAUUGGAAAAAUGGCUGGACACCAUCACGAGACAUCUGUACUGGUGCGCCCGCACCAGCAACGGCCAGGGGGACCUGAUCCUGGCAAAAUGGACGUCAAUCACCAGGCACAUCUGCAAUGUCCACCACCACCCGAACCCACUGCACCCAGCGUGCUUCCAUGGGGAUGUCAGUGAUCGGCUCUGGAUUGAGGAGGGCACCGAAACCUACAAGAAGUUGGAAUCGGUUGUGCUCUCUAAGCACCUCCUGCGGGACAUUCCCAAGCUGUCCUCGAACGAGCAGACGUUCGGACUGGAGGCGUUCCAUGGGGUGCUGAUUCAUUUUGCCCCCAAGUCUGUUAGCUACCGAUAUGAUGGACUGCUGGCAAGGACAUACAUUGCAGCGCUCCACUACAACUGCAAUGCGGACAGGAAGGUGCGCCCCACAGAAGACGGCGAAGACAAACACGCCCUGAAGUUUUCCAGAGCAAGGAAGCAGUGGACCAUUGUUCCCGUCAUGGAAGACACCAAGUUUGGUUACAUCCAGAAGCUGCUAACUGGACUCUUUGAACACAUUGAGAGGUACCCAACGUUCGCAGCAGCGAAGGAAGCACUCCCGAAGCAGAAACGACCAACACUGGGCAGCACGCUGGCACAGAGGCCUGACCUGGAGACUGCUCUAGCCACUCACCGGUCACGCUUUCGAAGGCAUUGAGAUGUGUGUCUCUUCUGGUGGCCUUACAGUGACGUAUCAUAACGCAUGUUAGAUGCACCAGGGGGGUGCCUCUAACAUGCCUCAGGUAGUAGUGAUACCCUAACAAGAGCCAGUACGACACUAAUCAAGAUUGAAACUGUCAGGGGUCGGGGUUGAACCCAGGGGUCCUGGGUUCAGUCCAAAUCCCUGCAAGCUUUGAUCUGGAUGAGCAUUGUACAGGCCCGUGU